GAGAGAGAGAGAGAGUUGAUUAUCUGUCUUUCGCUCUUCUUCACAUCACUGUGUGCGUCUCUCUCUCUCUUCUAGACUAUCCUUUCGAAAACUCCCCGAAGCUUCACUCGCCUCUUGUGUGAAACAGUUCUGAAUCGGAAUCUGGAGAUUUGGAAUAAUUGUUUAAUCAAUGGUGAAUCGGUUUACUACGAUUGCUUCGCCUCAUUAGCGAUGCCUUCUUCCAUGUCCGUGUCUGUGGAAUGUGUGAACAUAUGUAAUCUAACCAAAGGAGAUGGCAAUCUAAGAAGUGAUUGCAGUGCUCUCUCCUGCGCUUGGAAAGCUCCUAGGGCCUUAACUGGCUUUCUCGCUACCACUCCUCUCUUUCUAUGUGCCAGAAAGACUAGAAUACAAUCUAGUUAUGCAUAUGAAGUAGGGUUUUCUGAGUUUGUAAAUGUGGGGAAAGUCUUGAGGUCCACAUCAUCUUGUGGUGGUGGUCAUAAAAGAUGUGAACUAUAUUGCUUUUCAUCUGAAUCUUCUGGUACUUCUGAGGAUGUUACUGUCCAAACAUUAUGGGAGGACCUUUUCCCAUCGAUAUCUUACUUAUCCUCUAAAGAAUUAGAGUUUGUUGGAAAGGGCCUCAAAUUAGCGUUUGAGGCACAUCAUGGUCAAAAGAGACGUAGUGGGGAGCCCUUCAUUAUACAUCCAGUUGCAGUUGCUCGUAUCCUUGGGGAACUUGAAUUGGAUUGGGAGUCUAUUGUUGCUGGAUUACUUCAUGACACGGUCGAGGAUACAAAUUUUGUUACUUUUGAAAAGAUAGAACAAGAGUUUGGUGCAACUGUACGUCACAUUGUAGAAGGGGAGACUAAGGUGUCAAAACUGGGAAAAUUGAAGUGUAAAACCGAAAGUGAAUCAAUUCAAGAUGUUAAAGCAGAUGAUUUGCGGCAGAUGUUUCUGGCAAUGACAGACGAGGUCCGCGUCAUUAUCGUAAAGCUAGCUGACCGGUUGCAUAAUAUGCGAACUCUCUGCCACAUGCCUCCUCAUAAGCAGUCCAGCAUUGCAGCUGAGACUUUGCAGGUCUUUGCUCCUUUAGCUAAAUUGCUUGGAAUGUAUUCAAUAAAGUCUGAACUGGAAAAUUUAUCUUUCAUGUACGUAAGUGCUGAGGAUUAUGAGAGAGUCACAAGCAGGAUCGCGAACCUCUACAAAGAGCAUGAGAAGGAACUCACUGAGGCAAAUAGAAUUUUGGUGAAGAAGAUUGAAGAUGAUGAGUUUUUGGACCUUGUUACUGUGGAUACUGAUGUUCGAUCUGUUUGCAAGGAAACUUACAGCAUAUACAAAGCUGCGCUCAAAUCAAAAGGAUCAAUUAAUGAUUACAACCAGAUUGCUCAGUUAAGGAUUGUUGUAAAGCCAAAACUUUCUGUGGGGGUCGGGCCUUUAUGCAGUCCACAACAGGUGAAACGCAAACGAAAAGGAAGCGGGUAUCUUUUGUUCAGAUACGUUCUGGUGUGUCACUUAACUUCCUCAUCUCUGUUAUCAAUGCAGAUAUGCUAUCAUGUUCUUGGGCUAGUUCAUGAGAUCUGGAAACCCAUUCCCCGAACUGUAAAAGAUUACAUUGCGACACCGAAGCCUAAUGGCUACCAGAGCCUCCAUACUACUGUGAUUCCGUUCUUGUAUGAGAGUAUGUUCCGGCUGGAGGUUCAGAUCAGAACCGAGGAGAUGGACUUGAUAGCAGAAAGGGGGAUUGCUGUUUACUAUAAUGGCAGGGCUCUUUCUGCUGGAAGUCCAGUUCCUGUAGGUAGACAUUCAAGGGGGAAGACAGGUUGCCUCAACAAUGCAGAUUUUGCACUCAGGAUCGGGUGGCUAAAUGCAAUUAGGGAAUGGCAAGAAGAGUUUGUGGGUAACAUGAGCUCUAGAGAAUUUGUGGAUACCAUUACGAGGGAUCUUUUAGGUAGUCGUGUCUUUGUGUUCACACCUAAAGGAGGGAUAAAGAACCUUCCUAAAGGGGCCACCGUUGUUGACUACGCUUAUCUAAUUCACACGGAAAUCGGAAACAAAAUGGUAGCAGCAAAGGUGAAUGGUAAUUUGGUUUCUCCAACGCACGUUCUUGAGAAUGCCGAGGUCGUGGAGAUACUCACCUACAAUGCCCUCUCAAGUAAAUCUGCUUUCCAGAGACAUAAACAGUGGUUGCAACAUGCUAAAACAAGGAGUGCAAGACACAAGAUUAUGAGGUUCCUAAGGGAGCAAGCUGCGCAGUGUGCUGCAGAAAUAACCCAGGAUCGAGUGAAUGACUUUGUGGCGGACUCUGACAGUGACUUGGAAGAUCUCACAGAAGAUUCAAGAAAGAGCCUACAGUGGUGGGAGAAAAUUCUCGUUAAUGUUAAGCAGUUUCAGUCACAAGACGAAAGCAGAAACGCAACACCCGUUUCUCAAGAUGGGAGCGUUUGGGUCCCAAAGGUGAAUGGGAAACACAACAAAGCCAUCAAAAACUCGAGUUUGGAGAAUUCAGAGUUUUUCUUACCGGGAGAUGGAACUGCCAAGAUUUUUCCUGCUAACAUCCCUCCUUAUAAAGAAGUGUUGCCCGGUUUAGAGAGUUGGCGAGCCAGUAAAAUCGACUCAUGGCAUAAUCUGGAAGGUCACUCUAUCGACUGGUUAUGUGUUGUAUCCAUGGAUCGUAAAGGCAUAAUCGCAGAGGUUACAACAGUCCUGGCAGCUGAAGGAAUCGCAGUAUGUUCUUGUGUGGCUGAGAUUGACAGAGGAAGAGGAUUAGCAGUAAUGUUGUUUCAAAUAGAAGCAAAUAUUGAAAGUUUGGUUAGCGUUUGCACAAAGGUGGACCUAAUCUUGGGUGUAUUGGGAUGGUCCAGUGGUUGCAGCUGGCCAAAAUCAACAGAUAAUACUCAAGUUCUUGAAUGUUAAAGCUAAAGGACAUGUUCUUGGCCAUGAAGUUUUGUCAUGUUCUCUGGAAAAGGUCAUUGUAUAUAAAGACCAGAGAGUGGGAUGAACAUUCAAUGUAAUAUGUACAUACACUCAGGUAAAACCUUAUACUUGCACAUAAGAGUAAAAUUGAAUGUACUUCAUUCACAACACGGUUUAUAUAGAUAU